AUGUCAACGUACAGCAGGAAUGAAGCCGCCCCGUCGUCGGCAAGGCAUAGCGGGAGCAACAACAUCGGUCCAACCUCCGAGCCAAUAGCCACGCCGAAUCAUGCCCCCGGUGGCGGCAGCGGCAGCGGUAAAGGCAGCGGCGAGGGAAGUGCUAGCAGCGACGAACAUCACAUUUUCGAGGUGAUAUUCCCGCCGACAGGUCCGCUCGGGAUUACCUUCGAGUGGGCGGUAGAUCGUGCAGCGGUCGUACGCCCCGCUCUUCCUCCUACCAGUCAAACGCUAGACGACGAUGAGGAUUAUACCAGCCGACGCCAGGAGACAACUAGUCCUCGUUUGGCUAGGGCUCGAGCCACCACCACAGAAACAGGCCACGACACAGUUCCCCACAGUGGUGAACGCCAGCCCCUAGCUGCAACUAGUGGGAGUGGUGAAGAACUCCUCCGAGAUGGACUCGGUCUCCCUCGCGGGAGGCGACUUUCACAAGAACACGAUCGGACGAAGAGCGGUCUUCCCUCGACAGAUACCAGCAACGGUGCCGUCAGUGGGCCUUUGCUCGACAAGAGCCACAGCAUGCGGGCGGUGACAAGCCUCAAUGGAACAACGAGAGAAACGGCGGAGCGCCAGGGCGGUGCUGAAGCAUUCGGGCCGGCGGCGGGGCGCGAGAUCCUUCGUCCCGGCGACAUUCUGGUCGAGGUGAACGGGAUGCCGGUAGCCGGGGACGCCGCGCGCGACGCCGGCAUCGUGUCUUUCGAAGACGCGGUCGGGGUAGUAGCGGCCGCCACAGCGGCAAGAUCACCAACGCCCGAGGCGCAUGGGCAACUGGACGCUGCGGCGAGGCAGCGACCACGAGUGCUGAAGUUCAGGCGGGAAGGACGGGGACAGCGACCAUCCUCUGCAUCUGUUACUCUUCUCCUGCCCUCGCCAAGAGAUCCUUCGAAAGGAGGAUGGGUCAACGGCAUUCCUGGGGGGGGUUCAGCAGGGUCAAGGUCGUCGUCAGGGACGGUGACGGAGCAAGACACUACGGGCUUAUCUUCGCGGUCGGCGCACGGCUUGGAGAGUAAAAUCAGCAAUCCGGCAGAUUCUUCUGAAUCCAUGUCAUCGUCGUCCCGUUCAAGCAGGUCACCCCUUCACCCAGUGCUCCAAGUCAAAGGGGUGGGUCAAGUCCCCCACAUGGCGGCCGGUGACCCCGGCGACAAGAACACGGCAGGGAGUUGGAUUGGGGAAAAGGGUAUGGGCGAAAUACCACUCGCUUCGUCGCGAUCGAGAGCUUCAGACGCGAGUUCCGUGGACAUGGACGGGUUGUCGGCUUUGUCAUCCCUGCGAUCGAGAAGUUCGGUUAGGUCGAAAGGAUCGGAAUCCAGUUUUAACAGUCGUGCAACUAGUAAAACAGGUGGAGUACCGCGGAGCAGAAAGCGCGGCGGGAAGGAGAGGCAGGCGGGGGGCAGAAGCGGCGCGUUUCAGUCGACAUCUACGGCAGAGCGUAUCAAGGCGGAGGCGAGACGCGGAGAGGCCUUGCUCGAGCCGCUAGUUUGUCCUCGACAGCAGCUGCUCAAGAAUAUAUUGGAGACGAGUGAGACCUUACAACCAUUGGCCGUUCGGCUGACAAACCUCAGCUAUUGGUACCAACAGCGACGACUUCUCGGCGGUGCCCGACACAUGCACCGGGGAGCCGUGUUCGACCCUCGCACCAAGCGUUGGGAAGCGUCCGUGUACAUGCUCGGAGACAGGCCUUCCGACGGAAAGCUAGUGCCAAUCCUUACGCCCAUCAAGUCCGUCGGGACAACGAUUUCAACGAAGGGCCAGGCACUCGCCAUCGCAGCCAAAUCGGCGAAAGAGAGGGACGCGAACCCUGGCGCCGUAAGAGGACCGAAACCUCCGGGAAUGACGCAACUCACGAUGCUGCAGACCCACAUAUCGAUCUUGGUUGUCAGCGAUGCGUUCACGGGGCUGUCGCAUGCUGACCGCCUCGCUCUCGUCUUCACGACUCUUCACAACGAGCUCGCCGCCUCCGCCCGCCCACCCCCUUCUCUUCCUGACAAUAGCACCAACGCCUUCUCCUCCCCACUUCCUUCUUCAAACACACCACCCUCAUCACUCCUGUCCCCAGCAACCAAAGCCAAGAAAACAGCAACAGCGCUGACGCCCGAUUCGGUAGAGGGGGGCCGGCGCGACCCCAGCGUUGCUGACGAAGCGGAUGACCGCUCGAAUGCAAGACGCGGUGUGUCCGUGCAGAGCCCAGGAUACCACGAUGAAAGCAAAAGGGCGGCCGCAGGUCGACCUCACAGCAUUAGAGUAGUGGCGGCGGGCGGGGAGAGGCAAGUUGGCGAGGAAAAAGGGUCCAGUGGAGGUGGAGGAAGAGAAGAAGGGGGGCGAAACGAUGUAUCGAACGGCGGUCGACUCCCCGUUGGGACGGCAUCGCCCUCGAGUGUCCAUCCCAUCAUCCCAAUCGGCGACAUCAACAGCCAGGAAGAGCGCCGAAAGGACGGCGAUCGACGGCAGCGGCGGCGUCAUCGAGUCAUCCGAGGAAACGUGAAGGCCAGCUUCGUGGGGCAAAACGUGGAAGGGCUGCCCGUGUGGGGAGCGCUAGACGCGAUAGCCGGUUCUUCGCUGCUGGUAGACUGCAGGACUCCGGCGCAGUGGCGAGCCGAAACUUUUCCGCCGACACAGCAGGAUCGAUGUCUUGUGCACCGUCAAGGCCCCGGAGCGCUCUACGUGCACUCAAGAAGUCACAUCAACGAAAAGGAAGAACGCUUCGAGGAGCUGUGGGGGCCAGCGAGGUCUGGGCACCGGACCCUCGCCAACAACCCGCGCGUCAAGGAGGGCGCUGUGAGGAGCACGAUGGAGAGGAUAAUCGCAGAGAGCAAGGCGUUAAGAGAAGCGGCACCAAAGUUCGAGCACUUCGACCGCUUCGGCGAGUCGAAUGGAGAUGCAGAUCAAACCAAGGGAAAUCCGCCGCCACCGAAAAAGAGCGGGGGGGAAAGUCAUGGUGCCGGUCAUCAACCAAACACGAACCCCUCCGUUGCCACCCCCGCCGCGACCAAAGCUGGCCGCACGCACCCCCACUUCUUCCACGGCCUAGGCCCCAACGCCCGCAAGCUUUUCAUGGAGCUUUACACCGAGAAUCGCUCUCGCCUCCUCGCCCCUAUUUCAAGAAGGAGCGCCGACGUAGCCGGACCCGUCGCCUCCUCAGGGCGCCACCUCUCCGCAGCGCCGGCCCCACCCGACGGUACGUCUCUCCCAAGCCCUACCACCGCACGGAACGGCUCACAACUAUCGAUAUCCCGGCAGCAGCAGCAGCAGCUGCACGAGAAGACUCCUCCGCGGGAAGAGGGAAAAUCUCCCCGAUCUGUCUCUGGCUCCUUUGCCGCCGUCGGCGGCGGUGGCGGCGGCGGCGCAGCAGCAGAAAACGUACGCCACGCUGCCGGCGCGUUCGCGGCGUCCGGUCCGCCGCCCGAUCUAGACGCCGGCGUCUUGGACCGCUACGGGGUCCUGCUGGGGCGGCUCGUCGAGGCGGCGACGAGGAUCCAGCGAGAGCGGAGGCUCGGUGGCCUGCCUCGCGCAGCCCGGCGCCUGUGGCGGCGCCAGCGGGCGGUGCUCGCAGUGCAGCGGGUUUUCCGAGGUCAUCUUGGGCGAAGUUAUGCCUCCAUGUGGAAAGUUGUCGCCGUCCUGGCGGCAACAAGGUUGUCUGCCGGUUGGCGUCGAUUCUCCACCCAGAGAAAAUUCUUGGCUUUCCGUGCGCGGGCCCGCGCCGGGGCCAUCGGCCUACAGAGGAGCAUCAGGGGUUUCCUCGUCCGAAAGGCGUAUAAACGACGGUUCCAGGAGGCCGUGAGAGUCAAGGUCAUCGUGCCGUCGGCCGGGGUUUUGCAAAAGUGCUGGAGGGGGAAGAAGGGGCGGGAGGAGGGGGCCCUUCGGAGGCGAAUGUGGGCCGCCGCCAUAGAGAUUCAGCGCCACGUGAGAGGCUUUAGCAAAAGGAUGUGGUGGGCCAGGGUGUUGUUUUGCCGGCUGGAGCACGCUAUGGCCACGAGGAUCGCAGCGGUCGGCCGAGGGUACAUCGACCGGGAGUUGGUCAAGGCUCGAAGAUCUCAGCGUCAUUUCUUGCACACAAUCACGCCGGCCUGUGUCCUGAUUCAGAGCCAGUGGAGGGGGUACACGAGGCGAAGAGAUCUCGCCAAGCACAAACAACGCUGGCUAGCGGCGCUCUUCAUUCAGGUUGCUUAUCGAGGGGCGGUGUUCCGAAGGCAUGCUAGGCGUCGGUAUGAGGCAUGGCUCGUGCGGCACAAGGGGUUCUCGGCGACGAAGAUUCAGGUACCGACCAGGAGAGAGAGAGGGUGCCAUGCAAUAGUGGGACUAGAAGAGCAAGUGGCCCCAUGA